CGCCGCCAUGAGCGAAAAGGGGGAGCUGGAUCUGACGGGCGCUAAGCAGAACACGGGGAUGUGGCUGGUCAAGGUCUCUUUCACCUUGAACGAAGACCUUGCAAGCAUCGACGGUAUUGGGGGGAAGGCAACGUCCAUCAGUGCGCCGAGAGACCACCCCUUUCUUCUGCAAAAUGUGGGAGGACAGACCCUAACCGUCUUUACCGAGAGCUCUGGAGAGAGCCAGACAGAUGAAAAAUCAGACAGCAGCAAUAACGAAAAACUGUCCCUGGAAGGAAUCGUGGUCCAGCGGGCAGAAUGCCGACCGGCAGCCAACGAAAAUUACAUGAAACUGAAAAGGCUUCAGAUAGAGGAAUCCUCAAAGCCCGUCAGCUGGACGAUGCAGCUGGAUAAGGCGGUCACCACCAAUUACAAGCCCGUGGCCAAUCAUCAGUACAACAUCGAGUACGACAAGAAGAAAAAAGAGGACGGCAAGCGGGCCCGAGCCGAAAAGCAGCAGGUGUUGGACAUGCUCUUCUCUGCUUUUGAGAAACACCAGUAUUACAAUAUUAAAGACCUGGUGGAUAUAACUAAACAGCCCGUGAUCUAUUUAAAGGAGAUUUUGAGAGAAAUAGGCAUCUACAAUUUCAAGGGGCCACACAAAAGUACUUGGGAACUGAAGCCGGAAUACAGGCAUUAUCAAAAUGAAGAUAAAAGCGAUUAGCAACCCGGAAGCCAUCAACUUUAAAAAACAGGAGAAAGAAAACUUCCACUGUUCAAAGAGUAAGCUUUUGUAAUCAGCCCUGCCUCCAUUUGCUUAAAAGAUUUUUUCUGGAAUGCUAUCUAACUUUUUAGCGGUAUGUUUAUUGCAUACAAAUUAUUUAUAGAAUAAACUUGGGUUUUUAAUGUA